AUGAACAAGGCGAACCUCUACCAGCAAGCCAACGGCGUGCAGCGGCGCGAUGCGAUGGAGAUCUUGAAAGAGUACGCACCGCUCGUCAGCUGGUCGGACCGGGGCGGUGAAGAUUCGCUGCUGGACAUCGGCUGCGGCAGUGGGGACGUGCUGGUGGACCUCGUUCUACCCCUGCUGGGCGGUGAAGCGACCGUCCUCAACCGCGUGCUGGCCACCGACAUCUCCGACCAGAUGGUGCGCUACGCCCGGGAGACGUACAAACAUCUGAAGACGGUAUCGUUCGAGACGCUCGACAUCGGCUCGGUGCUGAACGCGGACUGGCUCGCCCGGUGCGGUCAGUUCAGUCACGUAACGUCGUUUUACUGCUUGCACUGGGUACAAAGCCAGCACGCCGCAUUCUCCAACAUUCACCGUCUGCUGAAGCCAGGUGGCGAGUGUCUGCUGGUGUUUCUGGCCAACAAUCCCAUCUUCGACAUCUACAACCAGCUGUCCCGCUCGCCAAAGUGGUCCAAGUACAUGUACGACGUGGAGAAGUACAUCUCGCCGUACCAGUACUCCGAGAACCCGGCGAGCGAAAUCGAAGAUCUGCUCUGCACGGUCGGCUUCCAGCAGUACCAGAUACAAGUGCGUGACAAACUCUACGUCUACGAGGGACUAGAUAACUUAAAACGAGCCGUGUUGGCGGUGAACCCCUUCAGCGAACGCAUGCCACCGGAACUGCAGGAUAAAUUUCUCCACGAUUACGUCGCAGUCGUACGGCAGAUGUAUCUGGCAAAAGCAUGCACUGACGAAAAUGACUGCAACCUACAGUUUAUAUCUCCCUACAAGUUGGUCAUCGUGUAUGCAAAAAAAUAG